CAUGAGGCGGUUUGUUCAAAACGAUUUCAAACUAGGUACACCACUAUCGUGCGAUACUUAGUCGGUUGCGCCGGAAGAUAAAUAGGAACGAAAAAUAUAAACAUUCACAAAUUUUUAACUUCAUAAAUAAAUUAAAAUAAGGACAAUAAGUGGUGUGAAAUAAUACAGUGAAUCGCAACUGGCAUCACAAAUUGUGCAUUUGAAAUUAUUUCAAUCACCGCCUACGGGCUGUGGCCAAAGUAAACGACGAGUCUCUGACGGCGUGUAACCGAAAGUAGAGUUUGAUUGCCUAAUUAUUUUAUGGUGGAGAAACAUUUUUACGGUCUAGAAUCAUGGGUGAACUCGCUGCAAAGUUUGGCUUCGACGAGCUGACGAAUGGCGCAGGGGGCAUCAGCAAAGCUCUUGUAGCUGAAUUUAUCGGCAACCUUCUGCUGAAUCUGUUCGGGUGUGGCGCCUGCAUCAACGUCAAGAAUGGGCUGAACGCGCCCGCCGACAUCGUGCUCAUCGCCUUGGCGUUCGGUUUGACGGUCUUCGCUGUUGUGUCGGCAAUCGGCCACGUGUCCGGUGGGCACAUCAACCCGGCAGUGACCGCGGGCUUAGUGUCCGUCGGCCGAGUGAAACCUAUCCGGGGAGUUCUGUACGUGGUCGCGCAAUGCGCCGGCGCCGCUGCCGGGUCCGGCCUCCUGAAGGCCUUCACCCCGGAACGAGUCGCCGGGAAACUCGGAGUGACCGCCUUGGGUACUGACGUCACCUCGCUGCAAGGAUUCGGCAUUGAAUUUUUCCUUGGCUUUGUGCUGAUCUUCGUCGUGUGUGGGGUAUGCGACCCCCACAAACAUGACGCCAAGGCGACGGCCCCCCUAGCCAUCGGUCUCACAGUGACCCUGGGCCACCUGCUGGCUGUGGACUACACCGGCUCCGCCAUGAACCCCGCGCGCUCUUUCGGAUCUGCGCUCGUGGCCAACGACUGGGCGGACCACUGGGUGUACUGGGCCGGGCCCGCGGCCGGCGGCGUGGCGGCGGCGCUCCUGUACGUGCACGUAUUCUCCGCGCCGGCCGUCGACUCCGCGCAGUACCGGCCGGUCGCCAGCGACGAUAAGGAGCUGAAACGUCUGGGCGGCAAAUCUGAGGCCUGAAACAGCGCUUCUGUAUGGCGGCAUCCCCGCCCCGCAGCGGCGACCCCCACGCCCAUCUCCGUUCCCAGCGACACAUGGCAAGCUGCCCGACAAUGAUGAUGACAGUGAAAACUAAAACUACUACAUAACUGAAAGAACUUCAAAGAUUAUGUUGGUGCGCGGUGCGAGUGGCCCUUUUGGUGUAUCACGUCUAGUAUACCUAUGUAUGUAAGGUAUAGUAGAUACAUACAUACCUACAUAUUAUUUUCUACUAAAUACCAAAAUAGUCACUCGCUCCAAACACUAACAAAUUGUAACGAGUUAAAAAUAAAGAAAUUUUUUAUGAAUAUGGCUGCGGCUAUAAAGACUAUUAUCAAAUAAUAUUAGAAAGAAUGUUACAAAUAUUUAGCCCAAUAUUUACGGCGUAGGCUACUACGACAAUAACAUAAGCUACGUCGCAGCGACUACGCUAUUUGUAAUCAAUUUUGCGAAUUGUUAGAAUUGUGUUCGACUAAAAGUUGAAUAAGCAUCUUUUAAAAUUGAAUAUAGAAUAAGUUAUAUUGAAAAUGUAUAACACAUUGCCUCUUUCAUACAAAAGAGGUAGGUAUAACUCGCUCAUUUUUAAGAAUUUGUUAUGUUUUUAUAACUAUCUAAGCUUUAUCAAAAAUAUACCUACAUCAUAUUGGAAAAAGAAUUUGGAUGUUCUUAUAAAAAAGUUAAACUAAUAUAACCCCAAGAUUUAUAUACCAAGUGUGAAGUUACUGUUUAUUCACCUUAUAAACAUUUAACAUUUAAGUAAGUUUAAUCAAGAGUUGAUUUCAUAUUACAUAGUUUAGACAAUAUAUGAAAAAUAUAUAUUUUUUUUAAUUUUGUUAAAGAUUUUUUUAUAGAACUUCCAAUUUUCUUCACUUUCGAAUAUUUUUAAUUUGUAGAUGAAAUCUAAUUUCAUAUUAGGUUUUCUACUACUCAAGAUUUAUUUAAUCAUCAAGUAUUAUUAAUGUAGUUCACGUUAAGAUAAAAAUAUAGAUUAUUUAAA